UUGUUUACACGAUGCUACGUGCGCUGCAGGUUGAGAGGAUCCAAACAGCUAACUGUUACAUUAAUAGUGCAUUAUUCUCCAGCCAGUAGACCUUGUAGACUUUUAUGAGACCGCAGUUCGUGCAACUCCGAAGUAUCAAUGAGGCAAACGAGGCAGUCAGGCAUUUGUUCAUGUUGGGAAUGACGACUGAAGAAGCUGCCAGAAGAGGAAGCAAAUACAAAAACAGCCUCUUAAGCUUUGGAAAUCCUUUUAUGGUGUUGAGCCUACAAAUCCAUCAGCGUCCAACAAAUCCACACUGGCUCAGCUGGCAGUAUCUGACCUGAACUAUCAAGGGAAUCUUACUCUAUUUCUUAAGCAGACAUUAGAGACAAUGAACCAUGGCCGAGACAAAAUAGAAUCCUGUUUCAGCUCUGCUGCGGGUGAGCUGUCGGACUUGGACCUGCUUUUCCAGCAGUUGAAAAGAUACCCGCAACGCUCUCAUGUGACCCUCCAUCGCCACUCUAACUAAGCUCUCCCAGAUGCACCGACUACGGAGCCAUGGGGGCAAAGCAAAAUACCUCAAGAACAAAAAAGAAUUCCUAUCCUCAAUCAAGGGAGUUUCUCAUCACUCCAGGCGAGCCAAGCGAAGCAUGUGUUACAAAUUACAGCUUUGGAUGUGGAGAAAGCGGAGAGAGAACCCUCAUUUUGGGAUAUUCAGAGGCAAAAGAGGAGCUUGUGGGAUCAGCUCUGGCCCCUGCCACAGUGUAAUGCCAAAAUCACGGAAAAAUAAAAGCAUAGUCCCAAUGCACCUCACACCAGAUCUAGAAAAUUCACUUGGAACACCAGUUCUUGUGUCGCCUCUCGGAUGUGAUACAGGAGAGUCAGACACGCUGAGAGGGCAGAAUUCCCUGCUGAAGCUUUGUGACUCUGUCAGUCUGUCAGAAAUGUUGAUUAUGGACACAUAUGUUUCUGCAGAUCAUUUAAGUAAAAUCGUGCCCACAGCUAUGGUGCCGUCUCAGAAAAAUGAAAUUUCUGUACAACUCAGCGAAAUUACAGAGCCGUCUAAACUUUCUCACACUGUCAAACCCCCGUUGAGUACAGACAGCGAUGCAUGUGUGUUACCUGCACAUUUUAAAGACCCAAGGACAAUGGAACCAGUUCAAAAGCUCGAGGUUGACGGCCCAUCGGGACAAUUCACGACUGUCGCUCCAAGUCAGGACCAGGCUACAAACAGAGGCACUGAUAAGAGAAUCAUCAGUAAAAAUACUUCUCAAACUGAUGUCAGCCUACUGAGAAAAGAAAUCCAUGAAUUUCUUGAAGACUUCUACAGAAUGUACGGAUGUUUCAUCCCAUUACAAAAGAGAGACGUGUUGAGACAUCUGGAGAGGAAGUUUAACACUGAUUUCAGCAACAGGAAACUUAUCGACUCAGAAGUUAUCAAAUCCCGAACUUCCAUUGUUGAAAAGACUGUUCCCUCCUUCCAGGUGGUCUACAAGAAACACACACUGACACUGGACGACUUGUCCACAUUGGCCAAUCAGAACUGGCUCAACGACCAGGUCAUGAACAUGUAUGGAGAAUUAAUUCUGGAAUCGGCCGAUCACAAGGUUCAUUUUCUCAACAGUUUCUUCCACAGGCAGCUCAUGACUAAAGGAUAUGACGGUGUGAAGAGAUGGACAAAGCAGGUGGAUUUGUUUUCUAAGAGUUUGCUUUUGGUGCCCAUCCACCUGGAGGUCCACUGGUGUCUGGUGACCGCUGACAUUCACAAAAAGAAGAUCUGCCUUUACGACUCUCAAGGAAACGCACUCCAGAAGGUUGCACGGAACAUCCUGAAAUACUUGAUGACCGAAGCAAAGGAGAAGAAGCAGACAGGUUUUGAAAGCGGUUGGGCAGUGUCAUACGAUGAGAUAAUCCCACAGCAGAAAAAUGAAAACGACUGUGGAGUUUUUGUCUUGGAGUAUUGUAGAUGCCUUGCUCUGGAAAAACCACUGCUGUUUUCACAGAAGGACAUACCAAAGAUACGCAAGAGGAUUUACAAAGAGCUCUGUGACUGUAAGCUCCAUGAAUAGGCCUGACCACUAUCUUACACUAGUAUGUAUAUAUUGCUGAUAUGUGCUGCUUCUGAUUCUGGUAAUAAAUCAACAUCCACACGUGACUCUGUUUAUAGCUUCUUAUGAGCAGAAGCUCUUCAAAGCCUUCCAGCACUGAGUGCCAUGGCUGAGCCUCUAGUCGUGUCUUAAAUCACGUGCACUGAUCAGAAAAACUCUUUGAUAACUGAAUUUAUGUGAUCAGAAAUUAAUCAGGAAUGUUUUUGAAGAAAAAUAAUGUAAUAUUACUGUUAGACUUUGGCUGUCUUGGAGUUUACACAUCUAGAGUGCACCAACAGAGCCUUCCCGAAUGGACUGCCUCUCCAAGUGGAUCUCUUCUGGCAGGGUCCUUGUCCAGGAUUCAGUGUGUUGCUUACUUUCUGAUAUCUGUUCACCUUUUUGUACACGUAUUUACUCUAGUGUUGCUACGUUUGGCAUUUGUUUGCAACCUAGUUUACCUGUAAGCGUCAACUAAAAAAAUUUUUGUUUUAAAGUUAAGUUGUCCAACUAGAAAUGUGAUUUUUUUGGUUUGCACAAUGGAAAUUCAUGUUCAUAAAGUUGUAAAUAAAAGCACACUAUUUGUAUACAUUU